UUUUGCCAAACUGUGCUUUAUUUUAUGUGAGACCUUGUAUAAUAUGUAUGCAGUUGGCUGUAGUGAGUCUGCUCCAGGCGCACCGAGAGCUGCUAAGGCAUCAGGGGACAGCAGCCAUGUGACCAUGGUUGCAGGGAUUGGUUUAGUGCAGAUGUGACAUCAGCGAGCCUCCCACUCCCUCCCUCCUCCCUCCUCCCCUCUCUCUCCCAGUCUUUCUCUGCCUCUCUCUGCCUCUCUCUCUCUCUGUACCGCUCUGUUUUUUUUUCUCCUUUGCCUUUCCUCAGCAUCCCCCCUCUCAGAGAUGGCGUGUGUCUGUGGUGCUCAGGCGUCCGGGGCCUAACGUGCACACACAGAGAGAGAGAGAGAGAGAGAGAGAGAGAGAGAGAGAGGACCCCCCCAUCCCCCGAUCUGCUGCAUAUUCUUCGGGUGUCUCUUCUCGCUGUGUCCUCCACCGCUGCUGCUGCUGCUGCUGCUGCCUCUCAGCUCUCCCUCUCCCCUCCACCCCACCUCCCUGUGCGGGUGUCUGGGAGUUGGGCCCUUUGGGGGUGGAGGGAAUCAACAUCGUGCUUCGCUGGGGAGCUGUGCAGAAUUAGCUAUGCCCUGCCCAGGCAUCCUUUGACCGGCUGGAUCUCUCCGUUUCUGUCCGCCUGCGCACCAGAGGACAACAUAGGAUGAAAAUCAGCAAUCAUGAUGCAAGGAUUGAAAAAUCGAACAAGGAAGGCCCUGGGCUUACGAAAGAAAGACAAGGAUACAGACACAACGAGCUCACCUGACAAAGAAGGAAGUGGAAGCGGAAAGAAAGGAAGUAAAAAGGCCAAUGGAGCACCGAAUGGCUUCUAUGGGGAGAUUGACUGGGACAGAUAUGCCUCUCCUGACGUGGAUGAGGAGGGCUUCAGCCUCCGGCCCGGUGACGAGGGCGAUGCAGCUUCUAAAGGAAAGCAGUUUUCCUCCUCCAGCGACUCCGAGGACGACGAGGACAGCAAGAAAAAGUUCAAAAUUAAGAUCAAGCCGCUUGUUGCGGACAGCGCCAAGUGUGUCCCUCCAUCUAUGGACGAGCUAAAAGCCUCGGUGGGAGGCCUGGCACUCUCUCCUUCUCUGAAGAGAAGUCCGGGGCUGAUAAAAAGGAAUUUGUCCUGUGAAGAGAUUGCGAGACCCAGACGCUCCACCCCCACACCGAGUCCUGCCCCUGAGACACCAAGCGACAGGCUAUCGCAAAAUGUUCCUGCCUUUUUUGGGCUGCCUUCAGAGACCAAAUAUGCCAGAUACGAUGUGGUCCCUACUGAAGUAUGGGGAGACUCGAGACCACGCUCAGAAUCACCGCUGAGCAGAAGUUUCCCAACAGGAGCUCCUCCUCCGCUUCCUCCAAAAAACAUUCCAUCAAGAAGUCAUUACGGCUAUCCUUCGGACUCUGCUGCUGAUCUACCCAAUGGAAGGGCAGGUCGCAGCUCGGCCCCCAUCUACCUGAACGUCCUGUCCCCCGCCUCUUACCGAGGAUCCCCUGCCCCCGACCUGGACGACGUAUUUGGCCCCAUGGACAGCCCCCGCACCAGUGAGGAGACAGUGUCUCCCAGAUGGGUCACUUUCACUGAGGACAGACCCCCGCCGCCUGAUGAACCCGCACCCCCUCCUCCACCGGACUCCCCUCCUCCAGACACACCCUCGUCCACCCCCUCCACCCCCUGCCUCUCUCCGGGACCACCGCCAAACGAGCCCCCGCCUUCGCCUCCACCGUUUUCUCCCGGGUCUCCUCCUCCUUUCACACCACCAGACUCACCCCCGUCCAUCGUGCUCGGGCCUCCUCCUCCGGAUGAACCCGCCCCUCCCUUGCCUCCCGACUUCUCCCCCUCUGACUCACCUCCUCUGUGUCUCGAUGAUGAUGCAAUCGAUGAGGAGGUGCUGCAGUUUGCAGAGUACUCUUCAUCUCCGGCCCCCAUCAGCCCCGUGCCCCCUCUGCCAGCGGAGCGGCGGUCUCCUCGGAUAGGAGUCACAUCUCCCCUGGUCCUGGGAGGUAUGGGGGGAAAGAGGACUCCAGAGGGGGCGUACCUGAGAGAUGAUAUCCCAGACUUUGUGGGUUCACCCAGAGAGCUGACUCCAAGCUUCAGGGGCACGCCGCCUCCUCUCCCUCCAACCACCUACAGGUCUAUUAUGUCUUCCCCAGGGCCCUACUCAGGCAGCAGCCCUUCAUCUCCAGCUCGUCCUGCCACCCCUCAGUCUCGAGGCAGUCCGGUCCCUCCGCCUCCUCCUCCUCGACCGUCCUCAAGACCAAAGCUGCCCCCAGGGAAACCAAUCACAGACCUGUCUCGGCCCUUCAGUCCGCCGGUUUCAGGCAGCCCCCCACCUUUCGCCCCCCUGGCCCGGGCGGAGAGCGCUUCCUCUAUCUCCUCCAUUACCUUGCAGAGUGCAGCGUCCACUCCAACCUUAGGAAGGGACCUCAACAUAUCCACCGCAGGAUGCUCCAGAGGACCAAGUCCACUCACCAUGGGGCCCCAGGACACUUUGCCAGUGGCAGCUGCCUUCACAGAAACCAUCAAUGCCUACUUCAAAGGCGCAGACCCCAGCAAAUGUGUUGUGAAGAUCACAGGGGAGAUGGUGCUGUCCUUCCCUGCGGGCAUAACUAAGCAUUUUUCCAGCCACCCAACUCAACCCAUCCUCACCUUUAGCAUCAGCAACUACAACCGACUGGAGCAGGUCCUCCCCAAUCCACAGCUGCUGUGCUGUGAUCCCACAACAAACAGCGUGGACACCAAGGAGUUCUGGGUGAAUAUGCCAAACUUGAUGAGCCAUCUGAAAAAAGUGGCUGAACAGAAGCCUCAGGCGACAUACUACAACGUGGACAUGAUCAAAUAUCAGGUGUCAGCAGCGGGGAUCCAGUCCACUCCUCUGAACCUGGCAGUGAGUUGGCGAGGCGAUGCCACCAACACAGACCUUAGAAUAGACUACAAAUACAACACUGAGGCCAUGGCUGCCCCCAUGCCGCUACACAACAUCCACUUCCUGGUUCCUGUGGAUGGAGGCAUGGCCAAACUCCAGGCCAUGAUCCCCCCCGCCACCUGGAAUCCAGAGCAGCAGACGAUACAGUGGAAAAUCCCCAGCCUCUCUCAUAGAUCUGAAAAUGGAGGAGUAGGGGCUCUUCUGGGCCGGUUCCAGAUGACAGAAGGUCCCUGUAGACCCUCACAGCUGUCAGUCCAGUUCACCAGUGAGGGGAGCACUCUGUCAGGGUGUGACAUCCAGCUUGUUGGGACUGGCUACCGGCUAUCACUGAUCAAGAAGAGAUUUGCUGCAGGGAAAUAUUUGGCGGAUAAUUAGUGGACCUGUUUGUGAACGGAACCAAAAGAAUCAAUGGCUUUUUGACUGUGAAGACUAUGGAUCCAUCCCAUUUGUUUAGUGCAUUUGAAACAUUAUCUUUAGCAACCAUUAGAAUUAAUGGUUGAGAUUUAACAGAAUAACAAAACAUAACACACACAGAUGAUAUUUGACUUCAUAACAUCAUAUUCAGUAGACUUACUGCUGCUGAGUUUAUGCAAGUAAAUACAAAUCAUUAGUUUUGUGCACUUGGAACACUUACGGGCUUACAUGGAGUAAAAUAUAGGAAAACCCUGAUUCUUUGUUCUUGUUAACAUAAUUGUGGAUUCAUACAGUGAUCCAGCCUUAUUCAUUGCCGUUUCUUUUGUCUAACCGGUUGUCAUUACAAAUGCACCGUAAAAGAUAAUGUGAAUAGAUUAUAUAAUAUUCAAACAAUCUUAAACAAGGUGGAGAAGAAUGGAAAAUGUAAAACAAAAUGUGUAGUAUAGGGUUGCUUUGCAGUUGUAUUCUAAGUUAUAGGUUACAUGGUAAUAUCUGAUUUACACUGCCACCUCAAAUCAGACUUUUUUUCUUCUCCAUGUGUGACCAAUCUUUAUCGUUGUCUAAGCAGAAUUUAUGUUUCUGUGUAGACAGCCUUUGAAAAGUCACAGCCCAUCUAUCAUUCUUGUGAUUAAAGGUGACUGGUCAGUUCAAAGUUCAAAAUGACCCGCAGCGCUGGACUAACAUCAACAGUCUUAAUCUGGAGGUGCUUUUUAUAUGGAAUUAUAUUUGUGGCUCAGUCUGGAUCACAUGAUUGGGAGUUUGAGGACGGUGAAACUUUGCAAGCACAUGAAUUAUAUUUUGUAGAGAAAUGAUCAUCAUGCACAUGAUACUUUCAUUUGAGCAGAAAGAAUUAUAUUUUAUGCUCGAAUAAAUGUGUUUGUUUGCAGUUAUCUCAGUAAUAACCUCUUUCACUCAGUUUUACUAAUUUGCCUUAUUAAAUAUUGAAUUUAAUUAAAUUUUUAAUUUAAAGGUUUUUUAAUUUAAGUUUAAAGGGGAUGUGAUUCAUAUUUUUAUAUUUACAAUUAUCACAUAAUUACUGUUGUAGUAAAGUGCUUUUGUAGAAAUAGGUUCCUCAUAGUAACAAACCCACAGAGAAUAUAUCACCUGAAUAGCUCAACCUUAAUGUUUGGGUUCACGCUCAUCGCUCUCACAGCAUCUCACCGUUAGCAACUAGCUGGUGAACAUUGUGGAACAUUUAGCUUUUUAAAAAGCCAGAUUUUCCCCUUUGUUGGUAGAGACGUAAUACUGAGCUCAAAGUAAAGUGAACAUUGGACUUUCAUUUAUCAGGUGGCCAGAAACAGGACUCCAAAUGAGUGCUAAUGUUACUGCGUGUCUGCUGGGUGUGUUAAUCUGUGGCAGCUGUUUGCUAACAAGUUGAUCAAAUGUCAGUGUUGUGCUCACAGCUGGUUUGCACAGCCUCUAAGUGGCCAAACAAAAUCAUUAAUUGUAGGUUUAAGUUUUUUUUUUUUUUUUUUUUUACUACAUUAACGAUUGUAAUGCCUUGGCUGUUUAGCUGACAUUUAUCAAGUUAGGCAACUAGCUUAGUUAGCUACUGCAUAUCUGCAGGCGUUAGCUAGCUAUAAGACAACUAGUCCGCAAGCUAACCGAGUACAGAAUAACUAAAGGUUCAUAAAGUCAUUUAUGAAUGAAGUAAAAAAUAAUUUAAAGUAUUUAUACUGUAUUUUUGUGUGGCUGUGGUGUGCCUGCUUACCAUUAUACUACCACCAACUUGCCGGAUUUUCAUUGUGCACUUAUGUGGAGAACAGCUAACAUGCUAAUAAAUUCAUUGAUCACAGAAUAGGUUUUGCUGAACUUAAAUUAUUUUUGAGUGAUAAUAACUUCUCUGCAAAACAGAUAAGUUAUGUGUGUGCAAACAUAUUUCUUUGUGCUCCAAAUCUCCCAUCCUGCGGUCAGGGUUGAACCACACAUCUGUAAUGCUAUACUUUUACACGUGCAGCCUUUACCACUACUUUGAUGGCAUUCUGCUGUUAACGGGUCACGUGAACAGAGAGUUGAAAACAGUUACGGCAGUUUGACCUGCUGCAGAACAAAAUCAUUACAUUACCACUACGGGCACGUGCAAUGCUGAGAGAGACAUCACAGUUCCCACAUCACAGGACUUUAGUGGUAUUCGUGGUGGUGUGUGAAUGGUCAGAUUUUGUAACAACAAGGCGAUACUCGUGUGACUAACAGAAGCUGCUACUUUCACUGGAACAGUUUGGUUAAUUUAUUCCGCUAACGUUACAGAAAUUAUGUUUGAAAGGGCCUUAAGAUGUAAGACACAUACAGAGCCAGACGUGAGUGCCAUACGGGGGUGAGAAGGAGCUUUAAGUUUCAGGAGAAAUGUAGAGGGGACCUGGGCUGAAGAUUGUAGGAGUUGCCUUUGAUGCUGCUUAAAAACUUGGCCAAUUCCUUUGACCGUGAACUUUGAUAGAGGUCUUGACGAGUAUUAUCGGGACAUCACAGAGUAAUGAAAAGAAAUGUCUAUCAAGAAGACAACACUGUUUCCUGUGUCCUGUUUUAUUUUCUUCCGUUUCCAUCAUGUUGAAUAAAUGUUUUAUGAUUUUCUAAUAGCAAUAUUUAAAAACUUAAGUGUAAAAAGUGUACAUAAAAAGCUAUGUUUCAAUUAUUUCUCUGGGCAUAUGGAUGUGUCUGUGAUUGUCUCUUGGUUUAUUGAUGUCAGCACUCAUAAUGCAUUAGGUUCUAUGUAACGACACCACCACUCGUCAUCUAUUGUUUUACAUGUGGGUUUCUUGUACAAAACAAAGUGUUACUGUUGAUGAAUAACUCCAAACGGUGCCGCAUGAAAUCUGCAUUUGUCCAUCACCAGUCUUAUCAAUGCAAUACCAAUUUAUCCAUUUCAAUAAGGUCAUGACUCAUGUGUUAUUGUAUAUUGUGCUAUGAGAGGAGACCUUUUGCCUUCACUUAAACCUCCGAUCUCUGUUUUGCUGUUAUUGCACCUUCAGAAACCCAUUGUCAAUAAAUUUGGCAUGUAUUCAUUGAUAUUCCCAUUCCAUGCAUCUGAUAUAGGUGUUUGACAUUCUCCUGUGUUUGACUUGCACACAAAACAAACCUUAAAUUUCAUUAAUAAAACAGUUCAUGGCUUCAUGUCACAUGUACACAUGUUGAUAUGUUUUUGAACAUCACAUUUUAUUGAAUGUUUUAAUGUGUUGACUCACAGUUUGGGCCUGGGUGUAAUAUUUCAUUUAGUUCUUAGAAAAAGACAAAAAAGAACAUAGUUUUUUUCCCCCCAGUUAAUUUAGAGCCCCAGUUCACAGUGUUUCUGUUAAUAAUGCUUAUGUUUGCUUUGCCUUAUUUUUGAACAUACACUGAGUCCUCCAACAUGGGUUGGAGGGUUUCUGUAAGUUUAUUUUUUCUACAACCUUUUGGCUGUAUUCCUUUCACUGCAUUAGACACAGAAUAUGCAAACAUUUCAUGUAAAUUUCCCAUCCAAAGAUUUUGAAAGUGAAUAUAUGAAAAAAAUCAAUAUAAUGUAAUACCUGUUUUACUUGGUAAUAAAGAAGAGGAAAUAUGA